AUGGUUUUCCACGCGAGAACAAAUUUUUUGCGAUUCCAUCAAUCAUUCAAAUCCAUUAUACAAACUAACUCUCUUUAUUUUCCUGAAAAUAUUAAAGUGGUUUUACCACAAAUAAGAGAGUAUGCGAGAAGGAGGAGGAGACACGCGGCAAAAGUAAUUCCAGACAAUUCUCUUCCAUUUACUGAUGCUGUAUCAUUGAUUAAGGCAGUUGAAGUAGGAAAACCGAAUUCUACAUGGGAAUUACAUGUAGAAUUAAAAUUGGAGAAAGGUGCGCCUCCAAUUCGUGGAUCAAUCUUUUUACCAAGACCAAUGUCAAAAACUAAUAAGUUUUUGGUAUUUGCAAAGGGUGCGAAAGCACAAGAAGCUUUGGAAGCCGGUGCGCAUAUGGUCGGUGGCGAUGAACUUAUUGCUGAGAUAGCAAAUGGUACUUUUAAAUUUGAAGACAUUAACAAAUGCUUAGCAACCCCAGACAUAUUUCCAGAAGUGACUAAAAUAGCGAGAAUCCUGGGACCAAAGCAUUUAAUGCCAAUGGCAAAGAGAGGUACUGUUACAAAUGAUAUCGCUAGUGUAAUCAAGGAUUUGACAGGAAAACAGGAAAUCAAGAGUGAUAAGACGGGAGUUGUUCAUCUUGGCAAGUUUUUCAUAUCAUCAUGUAUUGCUCUUUUUUGGCCUAUAGUGGAUUUAAGAGACAACAUAAAAGUUAUUUUACAAGAGAUAAAUAAGCUUGGUAAAGAACAUUCAUCUAAGUCGUCAAAUAAAGAUAUUAUAACAAAUGUGGCUUUAAGUUCAACAAGAGGUCCCGGAAUUUAUUUACUUGAUUAUAAAAUUUUAAUUGAAAAAGUAAAUGAAAAACUAAUUUUGUGA